AGUAGCUGCACUUGCAAAAGAACAAGCCGGUUGGGUUCAAUCAGCCGGGUUGAGACAGAUGAGUUUCUAUUCAACCAGGAACUCACUCUUGUCGAAGAAUUGACUUUGGGAUAGAUUUAGAUAUCAAUUAACUGUGAGACCGAAAAAGAAACUGAAACCAUGAAAAAAAAGAAGAUGGCCUUCGGAAUACGCGGACUUAUCUUCGCUGCCACAGCGCUUUCUCUAGCGCAGGGGGCGUUGGGCUUGGAUACUGCUGUUCGUCGUUCUGGUCCUGUAGUUGAUUCUAG